AACCUAGAAUAAAUGUAAAACAUAAAAUAAAAUAAAAAUUAUGUCAGUGACUAACUAUGUGAUCUAGCUAUCUAUUAAAAAAAAGUAGUCUUAUAUACUAACCUAAACAUACUAAUAAUAUAUUUCAAAAAUAUAUUAUUACUAUUAAAUUACAAAAAAAAAACAUUUUAAUAAAAAAAAAUAGAAAAAACAGUGCAAGUGACAAAAAUCGAACGGCAGAAUUCGGUGGUUGCAGAAAAUGGAUUUUUAAACCGACGGGUCAAGAGUUCUGUUGCACGACAGGAUCAAAAAUGUUAACGAUGUCUACUCUUAUGAUGCCAGCGGCUACUAUGACGACUAUGACUAACGCCGGUCCCAUACCUGUGGCUGCUGCUACGAAGUUAGAACCGAAGUUGUUGCAACUCCCACACCCAGCGCUGGUGCCGCAAAUGGCCCAACAGCCACAGCCACAGCCUCAUCACCACCAGCAUCCCCAUAGUAAUAACAAAGUUGGAUGGGAGGAUAUGCGUCGAUCCGGCCAUGCAUGGAAUCAGCAUGGAUUAUCAGUCCAAGAACAUUAUCACAUUUUCGUGGGAGACCUGAGUCCCGAGAUCGAGACGCAGAGCCUCCGAGAUGCCUUCGCGCCUUUCGGAGAAAUAUCUGACUGUCGCGUGGUUCGCGAUCCUCAGACGCUGAAAUCCAAAGGCUAUGGAUUCGUCUCGUUUUUGAAAAAAUCGGAGGCGGAAUCGGCUAUAACUUCAAUGAAUGGACAGUGGCUGGGCUCCCGGUCAAUCCGCACCAACUGGGCGACUAGGAAACCACCAGCGCCCAAGAAUGAGUUAAACUCAAAACCGCUGACCUUCGACGAGGUCUACAACCAGAGCUCUCCGACGAACUGCACGGUCUACUGCGGCGGUCUCACUACCGGCCUGACGGAGGAGCUCAUGCAGAAGACCUUCCAACCGUUCGGGACUAUCCAGGAGAUACGCGUGUUCAAGGAUAAGGGCUAUGCUUUUAUUAGAUUCUCCACCAAGGAGUCGGCAACCCACGCGAUCGUUGCUGUCCACAAUACGGACGUGAACGGCCAGCCCGUCAAGUGUUCCUGGGGCAAGGAAUCAGGGGAUCCCAAUAACGCACAGGCUCAAGGACAGAUCCCAACAGCCUACAGUCCUUUCGGCGCGACCUACACCGGGGGUGUUCCCCCAACCUCCUAUUGGUACAACACCUACCCUCAACAGCUGGGGGGCUUCCUCCAAGGAGUCCAGGGGGUGCAAGGAUACACGUACGCCGGUCAGGCCUUCGCUGGCUAUCAGCAGCAGUAUAUGGGUAAGGAGUUCCAGUGGGCUAACACAACUGCAUGUUCCAGUAUGGGGGGUGUCCAGCUACCCUGGGCUCUAGGCGCGGGGGUCGGAGGCGUGGGUUCUGUGGGGGGGGUCGCUGCUAUGUCUCAACCCCCUCAGGUGCUUCACUAUCCGGUGCAGCAUUUCCAAGUGCAGCCUAUUGGUGAAGACGAGUGGCUGGCUCCGAGCCUCCUGGUGUGAGGCAACCGCGCCCCCCCACUCGGCUCCUGUUGUUGUGUGCAAAAAGACUGGCUUACAUUACUUUGAGUCUCUUUUGUUGAGUCUUUUACGUCGAAAGUCUACUUUUAAAAGUCUUUUUUGUAAAAGUCUGUUGUUUAAAGGCGAGUCUCUUUACAAAAGUCUCUUUUAUUAAAGUCAGUUGUCUGAAAGCGUUGUGAGACUUUUUUAAAUAGAGUUUUAUUGAAAGGACUUUUUAGAAGGCUUUUUCUGUGUUAUAAUUUAUAUUGUAAAGUAUUUUUGUGUAUUUUUCUUUUUUGUAAAAGGCUUAUAAUAGUGAAGAUUUUUGUUAAUAAUGUUUUGUUACCUCAUUAAUUUAAAUUGUAUUGACAGUGUUAUGCUAUGGAAACGAUGUAUUAAGUUGAUUUUUCAUUUUAAAAAUAAUAUUUUAAAUGUGUUGUGCCUAUCUAUUAUUUGGAGUCUCUUUUCGUGAGUCUACUUUGUAAAAUUACAAAAUGUACGCUAGUAUUUAAAAUUAUAAGUUUGCAUUCGUUAAAUCACAAAUGUUUUUGUUAAAACUUUUUAAAGUUAACUUUAAAAAAAAAGUUGUGAUUUUUUGUGAAUUUGAAGUUUUAAAGCACGUUUUCGGAGCCAUUAGAGUCUCUUGAAGAAAUAUGUAUUAUUUAUUAUUGUUACCAAAUAUCUAGUCAAAAAACAAAGAUUUUUUGUUGUUUUCAGUUGAAGUUGAAAAAAUAACUUGAAAAACAAUGUUGUUUGUUGUACUUUAUAGAAAAAAAAAAUCAUUUUUACGUUAAUCUUUUCAUGUAUAUUCUUGAAAAGACAUUUGGCUGUCUUAAAUAAUUGUAAGUUAUAUUUUAAGAAAUCUUGGACUUAUAAAGCGCUGUAGCACAUUUUUUUUGUAUGUUUCAAACAAAAACAUUCAAAUUCUAGUCAAUUACGGAUUUUUUUACAUUGUUUUUGUUUGUUUUGGGAAAUAAAGAAAAAAUAUACAACAGGAGAGCGUUUGCGCAAAAAAAAAACGGAUCACCACCAGUCAUUGUGGGACGAAACUCAAGAAAAAAAAAUGUUAAAAAAUGUGAGUCAAAAAUAUCGAAAGAUUAUCUACUUAUUGCUUCUUAUGAGUGCAAGGUAAAUGCGUAUAAAACAUACUUUUAGAAAAUAUAUAGAAAUUAAAAAUAAGUCUCGAGUAUAAGUCUAGAGUAAGAUAUUAUCACCACGCGGGCCAAAUCGGGGUUGCGAAGACAAAUUAAGAAAAAAAUGAUCAAAAAAAAACUUUUUUUUACGGUGAUCCAUCUGUCAGUACAUGUUUAAAUAAGAAAAAAAAUAUUGAGUAAAAAAAUUAGAUUUUUGGAGAUAUGUUUAGUAGUAAAAAUAGAUUGAAACACCGGAGUGAGAAAAAUUUUAUAAAAAAAAACUUUUAUAUGAAUAUGCCGAGGACGCUAGGAAUGAUAGAUUAUGAAUAGAUAAUGAACAAACUUUUUUGAGAUGGGCUUGAAGAGAUGUCGGCUUUAUGACUUUUCCGAAUCGAAGUCGGAAAACAUUUUAAACGACGUUUUACGAAGUCGAAAUUGUCGACUCAUGUCUACGAGUAGAGCUUGAUGCGAGUUGUAUGUCGAUUUCUCGACUCAAACUCUUGUUGUUGUGAAAGUCGAAGUAUGAAGUCGUUCGACUCAAAAACGUCUUUAGACGAGGAUAAACGGCAGUUUACUUAUAAUUAAAAACAUCGAGAAAUCUAUUCUUUCUCUUAUGCGCACACUUUCAGAGUUUCAAUUAGUUUAGUGAAGGGAGUAUACAAGUCGGAAAAUGCGACUUAUUCAUGAAUCGAAGUCGACUUUCAAAGUCGCCCAUCUCUUAGUCAUGAGUUUUUUUUCUUUCUGGAAAGCCAUUGCCAAAUUCAGAAAUCCGUAAAAUAAAAAUACUGUUAUAAAAAAAAGGUUGUGUCUAGUUAAAAGAUACAAAACUGAUCAGAAAAAAGGUAGAGAAAAAAAAAUUAGAUUUAUUUAUUAAUAUUAACUUAUAAGUGAAAAGAAAAAAAUAUUUAUUGCCUAGAUCGUAAGUAUAAUACCCGUUUACUGUAGUUAGAGGAAAUUAUAACAGAAAAAAAAGUUCUUUUCACUCGAGUAAAUAAAAAUAAAUGUUUGGGCGGCGCCGUGGCGCGCGAUUUCGGCUACUUCUAUUUUUUUUUUCUCGUUUUUCUUUUUCUGAGAGAGAUUUUUCUCUAUUUCCUUUGUGGUUUCCCUCGACGGAGGAUAGUGUUUUUAAAAAAAUACCAAAGCGCUGAUAAGGGAACGUCUUUUUUGAAGCAUUUUAGUCAACGGUACGCUUGUGCCGUGUGACGCGUCUUUGUAAAAAAUCGUAUUUUAUACAUUAAUUAUUAAAUUAAAAAAACUAUAUUAUAUCUGUUUUGAUGAUUUUCUGUUACUUUUGUUCUGGUUGGUUAGUAUUGAGAGGCUGGUUACGCGGUUUGAAGAACAAAAAGUUGACCUUGAAUAAUUCAAGGUCAUCUAAGAUGAUAUAUCUUGUGACCUGGAGACUGGGACGUCUUUAAAUGCCUUCGGAACUGUAUAUAAAUCUGUGUUUAAACCGUGAAAAGGAGAGAAAAUAUAUAAUAAGUGAUAAAUAUACUAAAAUGAAAGUAACAGAAAUCCAUUGAAACAUUUAGGUUGGACUGUUAGAUUUUUUAUUUUGAAAAUUUAGCUGUUUUUUAUUUAUAUCUUCAGCGUAGUAAAAAUUUGGCAGACAUAUCGCUAGAAUCUUAUAAAUAAGAUAUUAUAAUAUAUUACUAUAUUACUAAACUAUUCUACAUAUAUAGUUUAUUUCAUGACUUGAAGAGUUUUCACACUUAUUCUCUAACUGUCAGCCUUUUUAUAUAUCUAUUUAUAUGUUUAUUUAAUCUGUUAUAUGUAUUUAUUUAUCUGUGCUGUCUCGUGUUAGCCAGGAACUUUUCUCCAACGAAAAUGAGAGCUUUGCUCUACAAUUUUAGCCUUAGCCUCAAUCAGGCUAAAUGUCCUUAGAUAUACAUACGCUAUAUGUAUAAUUCAACACCAAUAUAUAAAAUGUCCCCUAAAUUAGGAACUUGUGUGUUUAAUGUAAGAAAAGAAAAAAAACUGUCUCCUUCGCACUUGAUUUUCUGGAUAUAUAUAUCCGAAUGUGUUAGUAAGUAAAUUCGCAUAAAAACGUAGUUGUAAUCAAUAUUUAAGUGAUUAAUAAUGGAUUAUUAAUUUCUCGUAAUUAAAGCUUACUGAAACAGUAAAAAAGGCAAGAAAAUGUGUACGUUUUUUGAUUAUCCAUAUCGGUUUUUGGAGAUCAAAAAACGUGUGUGUUUAGACAACAUUGACAGAGCGAAUUAUUUUUCGUCUAGUCGGUAAAAGGUUGUAAUGUAGGAUUUUAGCUUGUUUAUCUUGGGACAUCUUCAAAAAGUAAUGAUGUCAAUAAAGUAGACAACUGAAUAAAUCAUCAACAGUUUUGAACAUAUCUUGAAAUAAAAACUGAACGCAAGAUAUAUAUUCGACGUAUAUAUUAUUACAAUAUAUAUUACUGCAGGCGAAUGUUUUGUCAGAAUGCAAAAAUAAAUAUAUAAGAAGUAAAUUAGUUUUUAGAAGUAUUCAUGCGUAUUGAAUAUUAUAUACCCAGUUAGGCUUAGGGUGGUUUUGACAGAAGUCGGACACCAAAAAAUGUAUUUAGAUUAAGUGUGAAAAAUCUUUGGGAAGGAGAAAAAUGUUGUUGCGUCAAUUUGGGCAUUCAGUCAAUCGUGGAAGGUAGCGGCGUAUUUUGGGUAUAUUAAAAUGGAUAAAUAUAUAAAACGAUAAAAUAUUUUCAUCCAGAUUCGUUGAAUGUGUUUAAAGAUGUAUUAUUUCUUAUUUUUAUUUUAUUUUUUUGAUAAAUAAUUGAUUAUUUCAGAUGUUCUUGAAACAGAAUUGUGUGUACAAUAAUAUUGGGCACAUAUUUAAGUAUUGUAUCCUUUUUUAUAUACCCAAUUUACACCCCCUGAGGUUCAACCUCUAAAUAUCACAAAAUAUAAUGUUAGCUAGUCAAAUUUAGAAUAUAGAUACCAUAUAAUAUGCUAGAACAAUCGUAUAUGCCUAAGUGCUUGUAGUUUUAUGUAACCCACAUUUAAAGUUUGCCGAUCGAGAACCGGUCGUUGCCUUUUCUGAACUACUUCCUUCUCAUAUAUGAUAAUCAUAUUAUAAAAAUUAACAUUAAGGCUUGCUCUAUAUAUAAGUUAUUUAGAUAGGUAAAAAAUGCAAAAUAUAUAACUAUUGAUAACAAAAAAAAAACAAAAAUGUAAGUUAGAUAGGAUGUUGCAAUUAAUUUUUGGGUUUCGUGUAUUUUUUUUCGGUUUGACCUUUGAGUUUGACCUUGAAUAAGUAUGGUAAGUUCCCAAAACACCAAGUAAUAUAAUCCUUGUUAUAUAUAAAGUAGAAUUGGAUAUAUAUGUAUGUCUACUAUAAUGUAUAGUAUUUCGGACUUUGAUAACUGACUAGGAUGCCUUAUUUUUCUUUGAUUUUCGUUUUUAGUCACAAUUCAUUGAAGAUGGUGUGUUUAUUUUUCUUUAAACCUUUAUUUUUUUGUUUUUUAUUCAAAUUUUAAAUUGACCUGAUUUUA